GCUGUGGCUAGGUGGCAAUCUCUCAUAUCCCACCACUUUAUGCAGAUCAGUGUUCUUUCCCACCUAAACAUGUAUGCAGGACGCAAGGCAUGGUUCUCCAACAGUGUGCAACAGGAUAUAUGCAGUCUCUGGGAGGCUGAAGGAGGAGUCAUCACAAAUCAUUAUCACGCUGAAUAUCUUUUUAGCAGUGAUGCAUCUCACCCUGACACGCAGAGGAUCUACAAAAGCAAGGACUAUGUAGAAAGCAAGGCUACGGUUUUCCACACCAGUUUUCUUCAAUCAAACGCCCAGUCUAAAAAUAUGGCAUCUCUGGGUCAUUUUAUUCUUCCACCAUUUUGUCUGCAGGAAGAAAUUAGAAGGAAAAUUGGCAACUUUUUCUGGGAGCAGGAAAAUGGUCCUUCUGUACAACAGGAUAUAUGCAACAAUGAAGAACCGACUUGUAUCAAUACAGAAAACCAGCAGAGAAAUGCGCAAACAGAUAAUGGGAAACAGAUACACUACAGUGACACUACAGAAGACACUACAGAAGAAGUCACAUUUUAUACUCUGCAGAAUUACCCUGUAAAUAAUAUGCUCACAGAUUAUAUUUCCAUUGAGGAAAUGAAGAAAUUCUCAUGGGAUCUGCAUGAUUUUACACCCAACACUGCAGAUUAUUCAGCUUUUUGUGUUCAAGAUGAACAUAAAAAAAAUAUCCUGAGUAAAAAAUAAAGCUCAUUUCAUGUGAUGUAUGGCAGCAGAACUUUUAAAAAUGAAAUCUAGUUCUUUCAUUGUCAAGGAGUAAUAAAAAGGUCAAUAGCAGAGUUUUUUUCUUAAUUUGAAGUUAAAAUUUCAAAUAAUUCACACAAUGUAACAGGACCUUAAAUAGUAAGCAGUAGGGGCCCCAUUGAAUGGGCAUGGAAUUUCUUUGGUAAAAUUAUCCUAUUAUACCAUUAUUCCUUUUUACCAUUUAUCAAAAUCCCUCAAGGGAUUCAAAUCUCCUUGGGUGCUCCACAGGCUUGGGCAUAGGAUAUUUAACUAAAGGUCUGCCGUGAUAUGUUCAUUUUUUUAUUACCUUUAGUAAGAUUAGAACAAUUAGUUCUAUAUACCAAUGCCAUAUUGAAUUUUAGAUCCAAUUUGUAGACAAUAUUUUAUUUAUAUUGGAAGUAGUGUUGAAAUUUACUUAAACUUUUUGAAAUUUAAGAGGAAAACAAACCCUAGAAACAAAUAUGGGUAGAAAUGCUGUAUUUUAUAGACUGAACUUGUUGCACCAGCCUUAAGUUUCAAAAUCUCUAUAAUAGUAAUGGUCCAGGCCUACAAAGUUUUAUACAAGGGAUUACCAUCUAGGAUUUAGUAAUAAGUGCCAUUGACACUCACAUGCUCAGUGUGUUCUGGCUGUUGAGAAGCUAAGCUUAGGGUUUGUCACAAAUUAUCAAGCAGAAAAAAUCUUAACAUGUCAUAGAAGCUGGUGUUACAGGGCUGAUUAUUAAAUACUAAUGCAUAUUGCAUUGUUUUCACAGUUGCCAUGUAAUAAAAAUCAAAAUGAAUUACUAGUCA